UGCACGGACUGCAGCUUUGAAUUAUUUCUCCAGCCUCAUAAAAAGCCAACAUUUAGUUAACCAAAAAAAAACAAAAAAAAAACAUGGAAAAUGUUAGAAAAUCCUCUCAACAGUAUGGAGCGCUGGAUAAAACUGAACUGCAAAGAGGGAUGGAAAAACCACCAGAUGAUGUGAUCUCAAUGGCCGACUCUACAGUCACGAUUGAGGAGAUAGAAGGAGAGCUGUUCAAGAUUGACCAGAUACGGGACAUCCUCGUACGGCGAGAAUCGGAGCUAAGAUACAUGAUGGAUGACAUUCAGCUCUGCAAAGAAAUUACAAGGCUGAAACAAGAGCUGCAGAAGUUUGUCACGAUUCCAGACAUAGACAAAUCUACAGAAGACAGAGAGAAGGAGGAGGAGCUACUGAAACAGAUAAACAAGCUGGUGGAAACCAGAGACUUCCUGGUUGAUGAUGUAGAGUUCGAAAGGCUCAGAGAGCUAGAGGAAGACAAGGAGAUGGCAGCCUUCUUACAGUCAAAAUUUCCCAAAGGUUUGGCUGAAAAAGGUGCCGUGCAAGAUCAGAGGGUUGCUACCAAAUCCCAGCAGACAUCGAAUUCAAUUCUUUCUAAAACUGGAUUAUCACUGCUAAAGGACUGCUGUGGCUUUACCUGUUCUGUCAUGUAAAAGAGGAAAAACCUGAGGCUGCAUGAGUGUUGAAAUACUAAUUAGAUUCUUCAGUGUUUUUAUUGUAUCUGUUGUUUCCUUUCAACAAUUAUAUAUAACACCAUGAAAAAGGUGUUAAGUCCCUUUAAACUUUUAUCACAUGAUAACCACAAACAUCCUUGUAUUUGAAAAGCUUUUUCUGUAUAGAAAACACAAAGCAGUUCAUGACUGUCUAAUAAUACAAAUCAUAUCUGAAAA